AUGUCCUACAUUCAAUGCUCCAACGAGGCCAAGCCUCAAAGCAUCGUCCAUCACAUCGGACGCCUUAGCUCAAAGAUCACCAAGCCAAUCUCCAACCGCCGAAAGCGCAUGAGAAUGCAACGAAAACUACGAGGAGAAGGUUCGAUGGUAUCCUCCCAACAGUCCGUCACCAUCUCAUCAUCGAGCGAUAAUAGCAGCAUUCUCGCACCCGAGUCAUAUCGUUCUUCCAUGGAGGACUGCUCCCUAGCACCAAGUGCGGCAGUAUCUGACGAUAACAGUUCUCAAGGAGACUAUCACACUGUGGAUAGCGACGAUUUCUCCUUCUUCAGCGACAUUGAUGAAGACGAUGUGGGAGAGGAAGAAGAUGACUGUCUUUUCGAAACAUUGGACCAGAAUAGCUUUCUAACGGAAUGCUUCUUGACCAACGGGCAAAGCGACGUGGUCUUUUUGGUACACUUUUUCAACCAAGAAACUUCCAUUUCCAAUUCCAUUGAAGAUGUCCUAUCGCUGCGAGUCCUCGAGUCCAAAUCCAAGUGCGAAUGCCGAAGGAUCAACUCAAAGAGCGCACCACUUUUUACUGCCAAGCUGCAAAUUGACCCUGAACAGCCUACCAUUGUGGCCAUCAAGAAUGGCAAGGUCUUGAGCAAAGUUUCAGAUAUUUCGUCAUCACAAUGCACAGAAGUGGACCAAUGGUUGGCAAGAACGAGAAUACUGCAAAGCAACGUUGCAUCCGAUGACACUUUCUCAGGUCUAUAG